AUGAGCUGGGAAAAGAGACUUCGUAUAGCAGUGGAUGCAGCCUCAGGAUUGGAGUAUCUGCAAAAUGGUUGUAAGCCACCAAUAUUCCACAGAGACGUAAAAUCUACAAACAUCUUGUUGAAUGAACACCUCCAAGCAAAAUUAUCUGAUUUUGGUCUAUCGAAAAUUAUCCAAACAGAUGGGGAAACUCAUGUGUCAACUGUUAUUGCUGGUACUCCUGGUUAUCUAGACCCUGAAUACUACCUAACCAAUAGAUUAACAGAGAAGAGCGACGUUUAUAGCUUUGGUGUUGUGCUUUUAGAGAUAAUUACAAGUCAACCAGUGAUAGCGAAGAAUCAAGAAAAAACCCACAUAAGUGAAUGGGUUAGGUCCUUGAUUGCAAAAGGUGAUAUCAAUGCCAUUGUUGAUUCAAGGUUGGAAGGAGAGUUUGACAGUAACUCAGUUUGGAAAGCUGUAGAAAAAGCAAUGGAAUGUGUAUCUCCAAAUCCCAACAGAAGGCCAAAUAUAAGUGUGGUGGUGAAUGAACUGAAGGAGUCUUUAGCAAUGGAAUUAGCUCGAACUGAAGAUAGAAGUACUCAUACAAGUGAUUCAGUUAACCAGUUCAUCAUGAAUCUGAAUACAGAAUCUCUUCCCCAGGCCAGGUAAACGGGUGCCCAAUGUAAGAUGAUUAUAAUCAUAGUCUAACGUACACUUGAGAUUGUUUGAAGAUAAACGUUGCU